CCCUAUUCCAUUGCCCUUGGCCCGUCUUUAACCUGGUUUCCUGCUCCCUCCACUGCCUGCAAUGGUCGGAAGCAGCAAAAGAGUGGAAAACUUCCCAGAUGUCGUUGACCUCGAGUCAUCUCUGCCACCUUCAACCAUACCACCCAUGGAGAUCCACAGGGUCUCCUUGCCACAGAAGAAGACCACUCUUCAGUCUCUAAAACAGAGGCUGAAUGAGGUCUUCUUCCCAGAUGAUCCCCUCCACCAGUUCAAAAACCAACCUUUCUUUAGGAAGGUGAUCCUGGGUUUCCAAUAUCUCUUUCCAAUCUUCCAGUGGGGCUCCGAGUACAGACUCAAUCUCCUCAAGGCUGAUGUAGUCUCUGGCCUCACCAUUGCUAGCUUGGCAAUUCCUCAAGGAAUCAGCUACGCAAAGCUUGCCAAUUUGCCCCCCAUCAUUGGCCUAUAUUCAAGUUUUGUGCCACCACUGAUUUAUUCUAUUCUUGGAAGCUCGAGAGACCUUGCUGUCGGCCCCGUAUCAAUUGCAUCUUUAGUAAUGGGAUCCAUGCUAAGAGAAGAAGUCUCUCCUGAGAAGGAGCCUGGCCUAUAUCUUCAGCUAGCUUUCUCAGCCACUUUCUUCGCUGGCGUCUUCCAAGCAUCGUUAGGUUUUCUAAGGCUGGGCUUUAUUGUGGAUUUUCUAUCAAAAGCAACCCUCCUUGGGUUCAUGGGUGGGGCUGCGAUCAUCGUAUCGCUGCAACAGCUGAAAGGAUUGCUUGGGAUUGUUCAUUUCACGAACCAGAUGGGAUUCAUCCCUGUCAUGCUUUCAGUUUUCGAGAACAGAACAGAGUGGGCUUGGCAGACAAUUGUGAUGGGCUUCUCGUUCCUUGUUUUCCUAUUGGUAACAAGGCAUAUUAGCCAGAGCCGGCCGAAGCUCUUCUGGGUAUCAGCAGCAGCUCCUUUGGCCUCAGUGAUUCUCUCCACCAUCAUUUCCUUCGCCACUAAAGCUCAGGACCAUGGCAUCAGCAUAAUCGGGCAACUGCAAAAAGGGGUUAACCCUCCUUCGGCCAACAUGCUACUUUUUGAAGGAUCUUACUUGGGUCUUUCCAUUAAGACGGGAAUUAUCACCGGCAUCUUGUCUCUCACCGAAGGUAUUGCUGUUGGAAGAACAUUUGCCUCUCUAAAGAACUACCAGGUUGACGGAAACAAAGAAAUGAUGGCCAUUGGAAUCAUGAACAUGGCUGGCUCUUGUGCAUCAUGCUACGUCACGACAGGAUCAUUUUCUCGGUCAGCUGUGAACUAUAAUGCUGGGUGCAGGACAGCACUCUCCAACAUAGUUAUGGCAGCAGCUGUGCUCAUAACAAUGCUAUUUCUCCUGCCGCUAUUUUACUACACGCCCAAAGUUAUUUUGGCUGCGAUCAUUAUAACAGCAGUCGUCGGUCUCAUUGAUCUCCAUGGCAUGAUCCGGCUGUGGAAGGUGGACAAGCUCGAUUUCCUGGCUUGCAUAUCUGCUUUCCUUGGUGUUCUCUUCAUCUCAGUGCAGAUUGGCCUUGCGAUCGCUGUGGUGAUCUCCAUAUUUAAAAUUUUGGUACAUGUAACCCGGCCAAACACUGCAAUCAUGGGGAAUGUUCCAGGGACUCAAAGCUAUAGAAAUCUAGCACACUACAAGGAGGCCACAAGGGUUCCUGCUUUUCUCAUUCUUGGCAUCGAGUCCCCCAUCUACUUCGCCAAUUGCAUGUACCUACAAGAAAGGAUCUUGAGAUGGGUGCGAGAAGAGGAAGAGAGGGCCAUAAAAAUGAAUGAGAGCUCUAUCAAAUGUAUUGUUUUGGACAUGGCUGCUGUGACGACAAUAGACACAAGUGGCAUGGACACACUCUCUGAGCUGAAGAAGACAUUUGAUAAGAGAUCUAUUGAGCUUGUCCUAGCGAAUCCAGUGGGGGAUGUGACAGAAAGGAUGAAUCAAUCAGGGAUCUGGGAACAGUUUGGAUCUGAAGGGAUUUAUAUGACUGUUGCAGAAGCUGUUGCCGCAGUCUCUUCCAUGUACAAGGACCAGCUUAGAUCACAUGUGUUUUCUAUAGAACAAUAGUUCACCUAGAAAGCAAGAGAAUAGCUUAUGAAGCAAAGUAGAUAGCUGAAUGGUAACUAAAAGUUGCUUGGUAUCUGAGGCAGGCGAAAACAAACUUACAUACUAGUGAGUGACAAUACUGACCUCUUGUAAGAAGAGAUUUUGAAAAAAGAAUGCAGAUACCAAGUUACAAAUGGGUUUUGAAGAAAAUAAUAUCAGUUCAAUUUAGUUUU